UUGACCUUCUCCUUCCCGGCAGCCCCUUCGCCGUCCUCGUCUCUUCUCAGCAAUGGCCGGUUUUGUCGUUUUGGUUUUGCAGGUCUCGCUUUUCUGGACGGGGUUCGUGUUUGUGGCUGAGCUAGCCGGGGUAGCGGAUUGCAAUUCCGGCAGGAAGCCAGGAGAUGCGCUUGAAAUUGAUGUAACUGGUUUGGCCAUUCAACUGGAGCAUUCAUUCGAAGUGGACGACAGUGUCCGGUUCUGGGUUCGAGGGUCUGUGUUUUUGAAGCCAGGGAGAGAUGGGGGCGCCCUGUUGUCCCAGAACCAGCUGAGGGAGGAGGAGAGGAACAAGCUGCGGGAGGUGUCCUCAGUGGACGGGCUGUAUCGGAUUCGGAUUCCGAGGAAGUCUGGGCAGACUGGCGCGGAGGACGCGUACGUGACAUCAUUCGUGAGGGCGUGUUCUUUGGUUGAGUCUCACCUCUCUGAUGUCAUCACCGUCAACACUGAUGUCGCUGGCAACAUAAUUGGCGUUUCCAUAGUUACGCUGCCGGGGUCGUGCACGGGGUCAGAGGUCGAGGACGUUGACCUGGAACUGUUCAACACCACGCUGAGCAUCAUGGGACCCUCGCCAGCGCCUGUUCCAGAGACGGCUCUGUUUAUUGAACGGAUGGAACAGGAACAAGCACAGAAAGCCAAGAAUCCUCAAGAGCAGAAAUCAUUUUUUGCAAAAUAUUGGAUGUAUAUUGUUCCUCUCGUUCUCUUCCUCAUGAUGUCUGGAGCUCAAGAGCAGGGCGGGGCCGGGGGAGCCAAUGGGGGAGGCCGCUGAGAUGACAUCACAGAGGAGGGGUGCGUCGCACUCAAACCCUUCCUGACGGCAACGCGGAUUCAAAAACGCGGCAGCUUUGAAUUUUUAUUUUUAAAUUGAUCUUUUAAUAAAUUGAAUUUUUUGUCGUCUUAAUUUUUGUUCACCUGACCUCUUACCCUUGUGUCACAAAAACUGCUUUAUGAGAGUUUUAUUCUUUGAAUUUCUCUCCCAGAUUGAAUUCCG